CAAAUGAUCGGAGGGAAAAAUUUGGUGAACUUUUGAUCUUCGCUUGCAAUUUAGGGAAAGAGAGUUACCUAGGACUAAAGUUAGUUACAGAAUCUUUAAAACAAGCUUAUCUUUACUCAAUCAUUUUACAAGGAGCGUUUUUACGAAGACGUUUGGACAUGUCCCCCGUUUCGGGGGUUGAGAAACACGCGUACGACACAACGUGAUAUUUUGGGUAGAAGAUCAAAGAGAGGCGUAUAUUUGCUGAAUACUGAAAGAUGUCUUCGCCUGUGGUUUGUGCGUUUCUUUUCAGGUGGAUUCUCCCACUUGUUUUGCUUGGAGCUUGUUGUUUCAGGUUUAAUGGAUUCUCUGUUAUCUACUUAUGCUGCCUGUUAGCAGUUCCUCUUCUUCCCAAUCCAUCACGAGCUUUAGGCCCCACAGGAAAUUUUCAGAAGACCCUUCUUGGCCUAUCAGUGUUUGCCUUGAUGGCACAGAUCGCAUUCCAGAUAGUCUUAGCAGCAUUACCACCAUAUGGACAUUUCUUUCCAAACUGUUCUAGGUAUGAGCAACUUACCAGGCAAAUUGGACUCAGUAGGACAAUGGAUCAAGAUAUGAAAGGCAAACACAUUGGUGGGACCCCAGGACCUGGCCCCAGACCUACUCAGCUGAGAGACAGUCCCUAAUGGUUGGGGGCCAAACCAACUACAAUACUUUGGGGCCUGUUCCUGAGAGCAUUGUCACUGAGGAGCCAGUCCAACCAAUUCAGGAGCCUUAUGAAUACCCAGGAGUGCAGGGAACUCUGGGAAGCAUCAUGAUGUUCCUCAUGAGACAAAGCUACAUUGCAGCUCUCAUUAUUAUGAUGGCCUGGAGUAUUACCUACCAUUCUUGGUUGACAUUUGUCCUCCUCUUGUGGGCGUGUCUUAUCUGGAUUACUCCAUUUGCACGUUGGUUCUGUAUGGUUUCAUCGCCGGGACUUGUCAUCUAUGCUGAGUUACUUCUUCUUGUACAAUAUGUUUAUGGCCUUCAGCUCACCGAUGAUGAGCUGCCACUUCAAGAUCCUACAGGAACAUUUGAUUAUUCUGAACUUGGGCUGAAGAAGUGGAAAUUCCCAUGUUUGCACCUUGGUGCUCAGACUCUCUUUACUUGGGUUUUUUGGGUGACAUUGAGACAGCAUAUCAGAGAGAAGAAAAUGAAAAGAAGGGAGAGAGAAAAUGAAGAAUCUAUGCCACUGAGAAACCUGGCUCAUCCAUUUUUAAGGGCACUUCGAAAGAUGUCUGUUGGUUCAGAGGAAGGUGAUUCUUUGGAUCCUAAAGCAUCAGAUGAUGCCAAAGCACUCAUGAUGUGGGUAAAAUCAGUACUUGCUAAGUACUGGAUCUUACUAUGCUGUGGUGCAUUCCUAUUGGUUGGUUUGCAGAAUGAGGUGUCAGUCUAUCAGAUUGGAUACAUGGCAAUAUUCCUCUUCAUAUUAAUUUGUUAUCAGAUAUCCAUUGGUACGUGGCGAUUAAUCCUUCGUCCCCUGUGGUGGGUGAUGGUCAUUUAUUCAAUUUGCAUCUUGUUACUUAUCUACACUUACCAGUUUGACAACAUGCCAGUUUACUGGCACAAUGCUACUGGACUAUCAGACCAAUGGUUAUACAACCUUGGGCUUCGUCAACAUACAAAAGCCAGCCUUCUGUUAGAACUUCUCACUCCUACAGCCUUUUCAAUCAUCAUUGUUAUACAACUUCAUUUCUUCCAUCGUCCAUUUCUGGCCAUGAUUGAUCUAAAAGUGCGAAAUAACUCUACCGUGCACCAGUCCUCCGCCAGGGGAGCUGUUGACCCGCAUGUCCCACCACCCACGUCUCAGCAAGAUGGUGCCGGGCCAGUAGGCACUGCUCGAGGGACUAGGCCGAUUACCCAAAAGUCUCUGUUAGUUGUGGCACUUAUCAGGAUAGUGAAUUUUUACAAUGAUCUGACUGUGUUUCUUUGGAGAGUAGGAGAGCUACACAUGUUGAAGCUUGUCAAUUUGACGCUGAUUUGCGUGGUGCUUCAUCAGGUCUGUGCUAUCAACGCAGUGAUUAUUAUUCUGCUUGGUAUCUCUAUGCCGUCACAUCUUCUCCAGAGAGCCUUAUCUUACUGUUUUCUGAUCUGGAGCUCGCUUGUUAUUCUAAGUAAAAUGAUUUAUCAGCUGAGAUUUGUACAAGCCGAUUUAUUUCAACACAACUGCACAGACCAGACCUUGCCUCGUCCGUCCUCUUUCAAUCAUUUUAUCAACAAUGCAUUGUGGGUUGGCUUUUACAAGACAGAUAACAUCUCGGAAGACAUAAAGGGAUACCUGCUGAUCGUGAUAGUUAUUGUUUUACAUGCUGUCAUCAAACAUCAUCAGAAACUCUACCGUUGGAGAAAUAAUUUGAAAGAACCAGAUGUCGGAAUAUUGUUUCCGGGAAUAACACGACCAGAUGCUGAUGAGGGAAUUGUAGAUUGUAUCAAGUAUUUGUUUAACAAGUUUUUCUUCCAUUUUGGUUGGGAGGUUUGCUUAGUUAUGAUCGUAAUAAACAUGGCUGUCCGUUGUGACAUCACGUCAGUGGUAUAUGCCAUUUGGUUGGGGACAUUUUUGGUACUGGGCCGACAGAACUGCUCAAUAGUGUGGCCUGUUUAUGUGGGCUUCUUGGCAGUGCUCCUACCUCUGCAGUAUCUCCUGGUGUUGGGAUGGCCUCCUGCACUAUGCCUGGCUUAUCCCUGGACCAAUGCGUUGAAGCCUAACCUCGUUCACUGGCUGUAUUUAACCGAUGUGAAGCUCCCACCCGACCCUAAGCUCCUUUUAGGUGAUUUCUUCCAACUGCUAUUCGCCUGUUGUCAAGAAAACGUGUUCUCUAUGGAGCGUUUUAAACGAUUAACUGAGCAAGCUUCUUCGGGUUCAGCUUUUAAUUCCAACAGACGAGGAAGCCGCGGAAGAACUGUUACUCCUGACUUCAUGUGGAAUAUAACUUGGCUUGACUUCGUUAAGGUGUUCGUAUUUCAACACAUGUACUGGGUGACUUUAGCCGUAGUAUACAUCACUGUUCAAAGCACCAUUAGCAUCUUCAAUUUUGGUUUUAUUUUGUGGUGUUUCUUCUUCUUGUGGCACGGCCAAGCGCUCUACCUUCAGCCGAGGACAAGACUAUUCAGACUUUGGAAAAUCUUCAUAGGAUACAAUUAUUUCACGCUUUUGGCUAAAGUUUGUUUACAGCUUGUGUCUUGUGUGUAUGUAGAAUAUGUGAAAAAGCACACCGGCUGCUGGGCGUUACAGUUAUUGAGCUUGUACUGUUUGAGAGAAGGUGGAUACAAGAACAACGUAGAAACCAAGAAUGAUCCUUGUGUGGCUCCUGAUGACACGGGACUUGCUAUGGACUGCGCAUGCUUCACGUUCCUUGUCAUACAGUAUCGUGUAUUCACAUCAGAUUAUUUCAAGCACGUGGUGCGUGAUCACAGAGAGCAGUCAGACAUGGCCAGCAGGGGUGCUGAGUUAGUUAAUGAACAUGUUCGUGCUCAGUUAGAUGCCGUGAGACGAGAAGACAAAGGGAAGAUGGAUAGAAUCAGGAAAUCGCUUCACAAGCUGAAACAGAAACUGGCCAAGUUGCACCCGGCAGGAGUGCAGUACGAACCCCAGUCACACUAUGAAGCAAUUUACUCCGGCGAUUAUAAGUGGUUUGAAAGUGAAUCAGAAGCAGAGUCCGAGGGUGAAUCAGCGACGGGAAGUCCAACACAUGACAGGAGUCACAGUCCCACUGAGGCAGAAAGAGGGCGAGGUGUAGCUGAGGAGACUGGAGACAAGGAGAAACCGAGCGAAGUUCCAGUAGAGGCCACAGGAGGGGCAGCCUGGGGUCGGAAGAGCUCUAGCAGUUCAAUUGGCAAUGAAGAUGAAUUCGUAGAAGUUUUCGUCCCGGAAGCAAGUAGCGAUGACGGCCAGGCGGAUGGGUUUGUCAACAAAAUUAAAAAAUGGUGGAGCUGGUUGUAUUACUAUAUCGCUAUAUCUGUGGAUAAAGUCAUCGACUUAUUAAAUGACAUCUCCAAAGACUACAGAGAGAUCGCCGGUCAGCUUAAGAGAGAACAAAAAGAGAAGAGACAUGAGAAGCUACGUCGUGCUAAGCUUGGUUACGGAAGUGCUCGCAUUCGGUUCGGUGAAGCUUCGGAUCCCGAAGCAGAUACGAAGAGUAUGACGUCACGCUUUACUAUGGAGGACGAGGACGCAUGGUCUGCCUCAAACUUGGAUUUCGAGGAUAUUGACGGAAGCGCAAGCUGGCGUAAAUCCAACAUGCGUAUCUCUCGUCUAACAAUAGCUUUCAUUUACGCGCUUUUGGCAAACACUGACAUCCUGUGUUACAUGCUGAUGAUUUUAAACCACAUGGUGUACGCCAGCAUCUUGUCGAUGCCUCUUCCUUUCUUGGUAUUCCUGUGGGGUAUGCUGUCCAUUCCCAGGCCGACCAAGAUCUUUUGGAUCACCGUGAUGACGUAUACACAAGUCGUAAUUGUGUUGAAGUAUCUGUUCAAGUUUCAGUUUAUCGACAUUACUGAUUGUAAUCCGUCAGACGGAUUGGAGAAGAACAGUCCGUUGUGUACACCGAGAAUAAUUGGUAUUGAACGGGUUGGACACACGUCUGCCUAUGAUCUGCUGUUGCUUUUGGUGCUGUUCUUUCACAGAUAUUCCUUGAAGGUUCACGGUUUGUGGAGAGACCACGCGAAUCGAGAAGACGGUGAGGAUACUGAUGAACCACCAAUGUCACCCAUAUCACCAGGUCCUUUUAGUAAAGUAAAUUCUGGCUCUAUAGUGCUGGACAGAUCGUCUUCCAUCGAGAGCAGCAUAUCAACUCAGCAAUCGCAGACAACCAAUGCGACGGAUGGUGAAGAGAGAAAUAGCAAGCAAGAAUGCGGAUUGUGCCAUCCAGUGGCUACGUUUUUGCGUCGUAUUUAUGAUCCUGAAGUUGGUUCUGGUGCUGUGGAUGUUUAUGCUAUGAUGUUCGCAUGUCAGUUUAUCAUCUUCAUCAUAAUUGUGUUCAGUUGGUCGGCUUUUUCCUCUUCAGAGACGAAACCACAAGCGCAAUUUAUGCAGAUAAUUGAGCAAAAUGUGGUGCCGAAAACCUUUCUUUACAUGUUGUUAUCGCAGUUUUUUCUCAUCGUCAUCGACAGAUAUUUGUAUUUAAGGAAGUUUGUGAUUGCAAAGCUGAUAUACAAUGUUUUCUUGGUGAUUUCAUUCCACUUGUUCAUGUUUUUUAUCGUGCCGCUCGUUACGCAAAGGCCUUUUAUCAAGAACAUUCCCGCAAUCUUCAUGUACAUCUUCAUGUGUAUGUACUUCGGUCUGUCCGCCUAUCAAGUGCGUUGCGGUUACCCAACCAGGAUUCUGGGUAAUUUUUUGACAAAGAGCUAUACCUUGACCAGCGGAAUUCUAUUCCAGGGUUUCCAGGCCAUUCCCUUCCUUCUUGAGUUGCGCAGUGUGUUGGACUGGGUUUGUACGGAUACCACGCUGACCUUGUAUCACUGGCUCAAGAUGGAGGAUAUUUAUGCUAACAUUUAUGUAUUGAAGUGUUACAGAGAAUCCGAGAAGACAUGGUUUCAAGCCAGGGGCCAAAAGUAUUGGACCAUUAGCAAAUGGGGCUUAGGCGGACUCCUGGUGGCUCUCCUGGUGAUCGUGAUAUGGUUCCCUCUUUUGUUUAUGUCCUACAUCAAUUCUGUAUAUACAAGUAACUUGCCACAGGACGCAACGUUCACACUGUCUAUCGGAGGAUACCAGCCAUUAUUCAAAGUCAGCGCGCAAGAGAAAUCUUUGAACGUGUUGUCUGACAUGGAAAUCGACAAGAUAAAAGCCGAUCGUCCAGGAGGAUAUUCAGAAACUGAGUUGGAGACAUUCUUCCAAAGUUUUAAAGGGAGAGGUACAGUGGUUCAGGUGAAGAUUGUUGGUAAUUCUAGCUCCAUCUGGACCAUCAGUCCACCAUCACGUGACCUAAUGACUAAGUACCUUGCCUACAACAACGUAACAAUGCGCUUCAGUUAUGAGUUUACAAGAGAGCCUAAAACGGCCCUUGCACAGGAGACCAUAUCCGGUGUGACCCAGGUCCUCCUUGACAAUUCCACUAAAAGUCAACUGGCUGCUAUGUUAGAAGGGAACUCAACCAAAGAUGACGUGUUGAUUAAGGACUUGUUCCCAAGCUUCGUACGCGUCCCAGCUAGUGGCUCGGUCACUGCAGUCUUAAAUAACGACGGAGCCAACUUUGUGACGUGCCGUCUGCGCAUGCGAUCAAAGAGCGUGUUUGAUUGGUGGGAACUGACACAGAAGAGUCCCACUCCACUUUUUGGUGCCAAGGACAAUGUACUGGAAAUGAUCACAUUCAAUGACUUAGUACCGCCGCUGCACUUCUCUUUCUUCACUAGCACUGGGAUAAUCGGACUUUAUGUGGGUUUCGUUUGGUUGGUUGGCAAGUUUGUCCGUCUGUUUUUCACUUCCAUAUCCUACCGUAUCAUGUUUGACGAGAUGCCAAACGUUGAUAAGGUUCUCAAAUUGUGCCUGGAUAUCUUCAUGGUGCGAGAGAGCAAGGAACUCAAGUUAGAAGAAGAUUUGUUUGCCAAGCUCAUGUUUCUGUACCGGUCACCGCAGACGCUCAUAAAAUGGACGAAAUACAAACGGAAUUAGUGACAUGUACGGAAGAAAAAGAUUAGAAAAGAAGGCGUACCUUUUGUUGAAUUGAUAUUCACUUUGGAAACGAUUUGACUGAGGUGCGCCUUCGAACGUCUUGCACAAUCGUAGUCGUCGUACUAUUUCCAUUCUUUCUUUUGUCUGUUUAUGUGGUUUUUACUCGCCUUUUACAUGACUGACACACACAACUCAAGCAUGUGUUAUUUGAUUUAUUGGUAAGGGUACCAUUUAAAGUGCUUUUCCUUUGUUUAAGUUCGUAAAGGAAAAACUUUGAAAGAGAAAUGUGGGUAUAGCUUUGUAUGCUAGUUAGAGCAUCUUAUUCAUGCCGGCAAGCAGGCGGUUCAGUAGAUUGAUUGAGUCUGCGAAAUACUACUGAUGAGAAUGAAAACUGAAAUGAAGAAGUAAUGAUAAAGUAUAAUAUAAUUAAUUGGAUGCUUUCCUACGACUGUAAGGUUGUUAAAUGUUUCCUAUUAUUCAAAGUUGAAAAUCAUAAUGGGGAAUUUGCAAAUUUAUUUUUCCUGAAAAGGGAGAAACAAGAUGACAAAAUAUUUCAUGAAGAAUAUUCAAAUUGCUACUUGCUUUCCAGCAAGUACAGAAUAAUUGCAUGUUUAUAUAUGAAAUAACAGUAAAAGAUAUUUAUCGUAAUCAGAGACAAAACUUGAUAUUUAUUGAAGAUCCCUUUCCAGAAUUGCUGAAAUUCACAAAGAUUUUGUACGCAUAAUCCACCAGGCUAUUUUGGAAAGUCAACCAAAGGCAAUUGUGCCCUUUUCUAGCUAUUGAUGCGUUUUGAAAUUAGAAUACAUUGUGUAACGAUAAAUCUUCUCUGUGAAUCCCUACGUAAUAUAUAGAAUUUUUUUAACUAACGGCCAUUGUGUUCCCUUAGACUGAAAAUUAAACCGCAAUUUACAGUAAUAUUUUUUUAUUCGGGAAGCAAUAUGAUGAAAGUGACUGCUACCAUGAUAAAUCGGGGAGAAAUUUGAGCUAUACUACUGGAAUUGUACUUAAUACCUCUCUACUUUUUAAUAAAACUGUUCAAUUGGUA